AUGGCCGACUCCUUCCCAACCCCGACGACGACCCCGAAGCGCAAGCGAGACGAAGACGACCCGCCGCUGUCACCGAUAUACACAACCUCCAAAUUCUCCUUCCCGCUGCCUGCCGACCAUACUCCUAAGAGCAGCGACGCGGAGGACGGGAGCGCAAGCCCACACAGCAAGGUCGUUCACAAGUUUCGUGGUCUGGCACUGAGUGGGAAUAGUGGUGGGGGCGGGGUAGCCCAGCAACAGAACCGAGCCGCUGCUGCUGCUGCCCCCCAGGGCCUAUAUGCACACGACGCCGCAUACGACCCAACGCGCGACGAGCAUAAGAAAGGCAGGGGGUACGGAUACUCUGACGACGACCCAUUUGCGAGCCGCAAGAGACUCAAAGUUCCUGAGCUGGAGAUGACGGACGUUGAGGGCAACAACACCGCUGUCGCUACCGCUUCCGCUGCCGCAGACAUACCAGUUGUCAUUCCGGACCCCGACGUCAAGAGCGAUCCGGUGCCUACCCCGAAAUCAAAGCCUGCGGAAGAAGACGCUGCCACUGCUGCCGGCACAACGGUGGCCACGAGCUCACAACAACAGCUUCCCUAUCCUUCGCUCGACAAACUACAAGAUCCCAAAUCUCGAGGACGGAGACGCGCCGGCACACCACCGCUCAAGGGUCGCAAGGGCACCAACAAGACCAAUGCCCCUGCUGCAGCCACGGCCGCUGAACCGCAGCAACAACAAGAAGACCAGGAGAUGAAGACGAUUGUGGACCCAGUCAGGGCUGCACUCACCUGGAAGGAGGAAGAGAUUACGAUUUACGACCCAGAAGACGACGACGAUGACGGCACAGGCAUUAACGGUGUCGGAUUCAUGCCCACUGCCGCAAUGGCCUAUGCGCGGACACAGAAGCGCCGUCUGCAACUGGCCGAGUAUAAGAAGCGGGAAGAGAGCGAGGCCAGGGCCCGACGCAGCCAGCGGAGACGAGGGAGCGGUGCUGGUCUUGCUUCCAAGCCUUCUGCUGGCGGCAGCGGAGGCGUGCGAAAGGUGCGCUUCACGGAAUCAGAAGCGAGCACAGUUGUGACGAACUUCUAA